UUUAUAUUUAAUAAAUAUCAUUACUCUAGGGCUGAAAAAUAAAAUGCUACUUGCUUUACAAUUAUCUGAAAGGCUUAAUAAUAAUGUUUAGUUAUGGAAGUUUUUGUUUUGAUGUCAACUCUCCUUGUUUUUUUUCCAAGUUCAACAUGUUUAUGUUCAAUACCUCUGUCCUCUGUUGUGACUGCUAACUUGCAAAGUGCAACUUCAAUUAAAGAUGUAUAUUUUAAUAUUGCAAACGUUAUCCAAACAAAUAAAGUUUUUUGUGCAAAAGUGGGAAAGGAUUUCUCAAUACAGUUUGACUUUUCAAAUAUCAAAACUAUCACAAGAUUAGACAUCAAGGGAUUUGAACUCAAUAAAACAAUGAUGAUGCUACACAGUUUCACACUUCAUUUUAGUAUUGAUAAAAAAAAUUGGUUUGAUUAUUCUGUUGAAUCGGAUAAAGUAAAAGUAUUUGAUGUUGCUUGGUUGUUUAUGAGCAGUGAAACCGAAGUCAUUGAACAUAUUUUACCUAAACCAGCUAUAGGUCGUUACAUGCAGCUGCGUUCUGUUCCUGAUAGUCACUAUGAUUUGAGCAACAUUUGUUUGAAUGUAGCUGUUUAUGGCUGCAAUGAAGUUAUGCGACCUACAGUAGUUGUACAAAAGGAAAUAAAAGCAUAUUUAAAGAAACCAACACAAUUGAGUUGUCAAAGCGAGGGCAUGAUGAAUUAUUCACUUACAUUAAGUUUUUUUAACCAAAAGCAAACAGUUUAUUUGAACAGCUCAAGAACUCAACUUUAUCAACAAUUAAGUGUAAGCAAAAACACUUUUGUUCAAGUUCCUCAUUUAUUAGAGUAUACUUGUGUGACCACCAAUAGACUACUUCAAUGUAAGAAGACAAUGACAUGCUCUGCCGAACAAUUAUUUUCAUCACACCAAAAAGUAGUUUCUGAAAGUGUUGUUAUGGUUCAAGCAGAAUUACCAGAACAGUUGAAAUCUUUUAAAGUUGUACAAAAAACUACAACUACAGUCCUUCUCGGUUGGACUUUACCUGAUCUUAAAGAUAUAACGAAAAAACAUUUGCAAUUAAAGCUUAAUUGUAGCAUGAUGAGUUCUGCAGUUUUAAUUGACGAAUUAAAUGGAUCGUUUGAACUUACCAACCUUUCACCAUAUCAAUUUUGUUGGUGUACAUUGGAGCUGAAACUAAAAUACAAUACAUCUAUUAAUUUAAAUCAGAAACCUCUUGCUUUGGAAUUCCGUAGUCGCAGUGAACGUCCUAAUAUUGUUCCAAAAAUUUAUGUUGUUCACAAUGGCUCUCGUAAAAUCAGGCUAAAAGUAGAGGCAAAGUUUGAUAAUCCAAAUUUCGGAAAGUUAAUUGGUUGCUAUAUUUACGUUACUCAACUUCAUGGAAAGCAAUUUCAAAGUGCUAUUCAAACUACUAACUUGACUUUUCCAUUAAGUGUUUUCAAUUCUAUUCUGAUAAGGGAUUUACUACCAUGGACUUAUUACAACAUAUCAGUUUUGGUAUUCAAUGAUGACAAUCUUUUAUCCAACAUAAGCUAUUUACAACAAAGAACAUCACAAAGUCGUCCAGAUGGUGCUCCGACAAUAGAGGCUACUACAAGGACUGCUACUACUAUAUCAGGCUAUGUGAAACAUGAUAACCGCUACCCAGACAAGGAUGUUAUAACUAGUUAUGAGAUUGUAUAUAAUCCAGGAAACCACACUUUUAAGAUUAAUAUCGAUGAAAAUCUUGGUGAACAACAGUUUUUUCAUAUACAAGACUUGAAACCAUUUACAUGGUAUCAAAUCUGCUCUCGUUCAAAAAAUAAAGCUGGGUAUGGACCUUUUAGUGACUUUAUUUGGGCAAUGACAGAGGAACACACACCAAAUGAGCCAACUGAUAUCCUUUAUGAAAAAAAAAACCAAAACUUAAUCUUAACAUGGAAACCACCAUCAACUCCAAAUGGAAAUAUCACAAAAUAUGAAAUUCAAAUAACUUUACGUAACCGCACAGUGGUCACAAUAUUUACUUUAAAGUUCAUAGAUUUUGAUACAAACAUUUCCUACAAUAGUGUGCUUGCUGUUGCCAUUCGUGCGUAUACAAGUAAAGGAUAUGGACAAUUUAGCUUAGUGAUUCAAGUAUAUCAGUUCUCUGUUGAACCUGGAAGUUCUGAGUAUGGACAGAAUAGCAGAAUAUUGAUUGUGGCGUUUUGCAUUACCUUAUUGUUGUUGGUAGCACUUGGUAUUUGUGGUUUUAACUUUUACAAAAGGUGCCAUUCGCAGCCGCAACAGAGUUUCAGCAAAUCAUCUUUGUUUGUGCACUAUGUUCCAUCUAAAGUUGAUGAAAAAGAAGAGUUGUUAUUUCAAGAAAAAUCAAAACUUCCUACAGAAAGUUUAUCUGAUCCAGUUAAAAGUCAUGAUCCAGUCCCAGUUGAAAGUUUUGCUCAAUAUAUCAAUCGUGCUGAACAAAAUAAUUAUGAAAUUCUAGCCAGUGAAUUUAAAAAUGAGACAAUGAGUGGAAAAUGUUAUCCUUGGGAAGUAGCAGACCGUCCAGAAAACCGACCUAAAAACAGAUAUGGUGAUAUUGCAGCUUAUGAUCAUUCUCGAGUAAUACUUAAGUUUGACUGUAAGCGUAAGCAAUCUGAUUACAUCAAUGCUUCAUAUAUUCAGGGAUGCAAUUGUAAAUCGGAUUACAAGUAUAUCUCCAGUCAAGGUCCCAUGGAGAAUGGUCUUAAUGAUUUUUGGCAUAUGAUUUAUCAAGAGAACAUUAAAAUCAUUGUUAUGCUAACAAAUCUUAUUGAAAAUGAAAAGGAAAAAUGCUGUCAAUACUGGCCAGACGAAGGAACCAUAAAGUAUAGUUCUGUUUCAGUAACAUUGGUUAAAAUUGAUAAAACUGCUGAUUAUGUAAUUCGAUUAUUCCAUAUACAAAAAAUUGGAGGUGAGUCCGAAAAUAUAAGAUUAGUUCGGCAAUUUCACUUUGUGUCUUGGCCUGACCAUGGAGUUCCAGAUUACCCAACUGCAUUGCUAUCACUUCGAAGAAGGGUUCGUCGCUAUUAUACUGAUGACUCUCCAAUGUUAGUGCAUUGCAGUGCUGGAGUUGGACGUUCUGGUUGUUUUAUUUUAAUUGAUAAUAUGCUUGACAGAAUUGAUGAUGAACGAACUGUAGAUAUAUUUAAUUAUUUGCAGCAUUUACGAAGUAGAAGAACUAAUAUGGUGCAAACAUUAGAGCAGUAUAUAUUUGCCCAUAUGGCCAUUUUGGAAUAUAUAGAGUUUGGUAAUACAGAAAUAACAUUAGAUGAUUUGGAUAAGAAGACUAAAGAACUUAUGAAUGGUACUGGAAUGGCAGAUGAGUUUUCUGUUUUAUGUCAAAGCACACAAUCUGAUAUGCAGGGAAGCAAUCUUUACAAGGUGUUGCUUAGCGAAGGAAAAUAUAUAGAUGCUUCUUUUGUGGAUGGCUACAAGCAAAGAAACUCUUUUAUUUUGACAUUGGCACCAAAAGAAGAUUCGGCUUAUGAAUUUUGGAAAAUGGUGGUGGAACAACAGUGUCAUACCAUUGUCAUGUUAGCUAAAUGUCAAGAAGGUGUUGAGGGUUACUACAGGUACUGGCCUGAUGUUGAUGGAGAAUGCAGUUAUCGUGAUCUAAAUGUCUUUUUAUGCUCUGAAGUUGCAAAUGGAAACAUAAUAACAAGGAAAAUCAAAAUAGUGUCUAGAAAGCUACGCUGUGAAGUUAAUCAUUUUCAAUAUGUGGAUUGGCCAAAUGGUGAUGUUCCUCACCGACGUGCUUAUCCUAAUAUAUGCACACUAAUGCAGAGUGCUGAAAAAUCGCAGCAGCAACUAGGAAAUGGACCGAUUAUUGUGCAUGCUGGAAACGACUAUGGUCGAAGUGGAACAUUUGUAGCAAUCUACAACAGCACUGAACGUUUGAAAGUGGAGCAACUAAUAGAUGUUUUGCAAUGUGUAAGAACAAUAAGAAUUGCUCAACCUCUUGCUGUUGAUAACGUUUUACAGUACCAAUUUGUUUACCAACUGCUGCGUAUAUAUUUGGAGGGUUUUGAAAAUUAUUGGAAUUACAAAGAUUACAAAGUGUGCAAGUCUCCCAAAAAUUCUGUUUCUACGUGUUAAUCUAGUUUUUAACAAACGUUUAUUGCACACGCCUGCUAGUUACUUAUUGCUCUCGAUAUCGAGUUGCUGAAGUUAUAAACAUUUUUAUCCUGUUACUAUGGAAAUGAAUGCGGCUGGAACUAUGGAAAUAAACGCCAACCACUCCAAUAAUAUUUAUAUUUUGUCUACUAAUAGUUUGUAUUUUUUAUUUCAAUAAAUUCUUACUGUUUUACUAAAAUAUUUUUUUCUAUUUUAUUUUUAAUGGUUUUUAUUUAAUUUUCAUGUUCAAGCUUAGCACGCUAUAUGCUAUUUGUUAAUACGGUAUAUACUUAUUUGUUAAUACGGUAUAUACUUAUUUGUUAAUACGGUAUAUACUUAUAUAUUUGAAUACUAUAUGCUUAUAUGUUUGCAUGCUGUAUAACUUAUGAAGUUAUUUACUAACUGUGGAUAUUUUUA